AUGCGACAGCGUUCGAAUGAGGACAUACUUCAAACGGGUCACACUUGGUCUCCCGACACUAGCCACGUCACGUCGAAUACGCUAAAUUCAGCCAAGGUGCAGGAGUAUCGCGGCCAGCUAAGACAAAGGAGCGAGCUAAGCGGAGUAGGAUCCGGCACAAAGCUGGAUGCGGCCCUAAUGGAGCCGAAGACAUCUUUGUACGGCUCACAGUGGAUCCGGGAUAUAGUGGAUGCGUCGCUUAGCGCGAUAGUAAAUCGGCGGCCCACUGCACGCCUCCUCAGCCCCGGGACGGCGUCAUUAGGACACCCGCCGGUGUUAAGUGCC